AUGGGAAAUCUUCGCAAGAAUAACCAAAAAGGACUUCUUCCACCAGUAUCGCGAAGGGCAUCGGACGGGUCCACAGUCCUUUCCAAGGGUGGUAUUGAGCCAAUCCGACAUAUUCUUUUUCCUCCUAUCCCCGUCUACGGCGCUGUGAACUUUCACCUGACAAAAUUUGCUUUCUCUGUGGUGGCUGUUUUAUUGCAGUAUCUCAACAUGUAUCGCACUGUUUGGUGGCUUUCUCGACCAUGGACUAAGUAUCCCGUGGAUAUUGACAGCAUCGACUACUACCUCUUGUCGUACAUUCUACUGAUGUUCAUCAUUCCACCUGCCUACGAAGCCUUUCAGCAUCUCUACUGGAGAUCUGUCACACCUCUGCGCUGUUUAAAUUGCGUUCUUGUGGGAUUUUUGGGACUUACUCUAUGGUGCGGUCUCCAAUUUCACAUGGUAACACGUAUCAGGUAUGAUUUCUGCAUCUUUCCACAUCAGUACCUGGGUGUUCUUCUAGUUGUCUAUCAACCAAUUAUUUUCGUCAUAGUCUACUACUAUGAGCCAGUGAAACAGAUGCUCCAUGUAAUCGUGGAGAAAACUAGGUCGGUCAAUCCUCGAGAGUUCAUUCACUCGAUUCAUUCACAACUAAAGCUUUUCUAUCAGGCUCUCAGGUUACGAAAAGUCUUCCAGUUCCUUCGGCAGUAUUUUGCUCCAAGUGCCCCACGUUGCAAGGUGGGCAGUUCACAGACAACUCGCGUUCCACGCUACUGUCACUUCCUGCCACUUCGUUAUGCCACGGUUCUACCAUCGCUUUCCAGCAAUGUUCACCCUGGCACAGCUGUUACUUUCUAUACUCUUCGUCCUCCACAUCGGCAACAGUUGGUAGCACUAAAGCACAAUUGCGUUCGAUGCUCACCUAACUCUGCAGCCAAUAUGGAAACUGCGGCACAGACAGUGCGAGAGGAGGCGGAGAUGCUAUGUGCAGAUUUCAAUGCGCGCUUAAUGGAUACCAUAGCGGGUUCGGCUGUAGCUACCUUCUAUGCUACCAUCCUGCCUUGCUUCUUCAUCAGGCCCCCUGGGCUGAGCGUGGAUCUGGUGUGGUGCAUGGGCCACGCCCUGCUGAGUGGUGUGACCUUCUUUCUGCUGCACUGGCAGUAUCUCCUUCCUCCAGCCUACCUUGAUCUUCUCCAUCGCUGUGCCCUCCAUCUGGGCAGUUGGCAGGAGCUCUCGCCCACUGCUCACUCUGGCUACCUCAAUUGGCAGGCCUGGUCACAGCUGCAGACGUACGCAAAGGGCGUCCACGUAAAGCAUGUUCGGGGACUAUUCCAAGCCGUGGGCGCUUCCAAUGCUGCCGAACCGGGUAAUUCUUCGCAUUCCAGACUCUUUUUCUGGUUUGCCUCGCCUACGCUGGUGACCAAUGGGUUAUGCUACGCGGCGGUUGUAGUCUCUCUCGGCCAGAUGUGUACAUUGGAAUGGACCUUUGAGUGGUACAAACUCCUCGGUCUGGCGGCAAUGAGCCCCUUCGCGCUCCUUAACCUCUACCGUCUGUUGCGCAAUCGCACUAUCCUUUCAUGGGUGUGGGAGGAUGAGAAACCUCUGUACGAGACUACCCCUAGCUCUGUCACCUCACUCAGGGCUUAA